AUGUCGCGAAUCUUAAAGCCAACGUUAGCUCUCGACCCAUUUGCGCUGGAGUCCACACCGACGACGCGCUUUAGCAUGCGCCGGCGUACGAGCUAUCCACAGCGACCCACGCUUAUACAGCAGCUUGAGACUCGCGUACAGCAAUUAGAGCGUCGUAUAACUGACCUUGAACAAGUGUGCAACAAGUCUAUGUCGCUUUCCUCCGACGUUUCGCCAUUCACUCCUGCAAAGCAUGCCAACGACCAGUUUCCUGAUUUUUUGCGAAGACAGCCAACUCCGGAUCCAUUCAAUCCGUUUUGGCAAGAAGAUGCGGAGAUGAAGGAGCCCACUCCGCUGCCCGGCGCAAAUGCCUUUUCCCAAGCGCUGCUCCUUAGCAGGCCGGCAGUGUCGCGCGUGCCAAGCACUCCGCAGCAAAAUAUUCCCGUCUCCCCAUGGAGCCGCUGCAUUUCGCCGAAUAGUAGGAACGCAAGCACUCUUCCCAUACGCGCACUGGUUACACGGAUCACAAAAGGCUACGGGAAAGGUGCGAGUAUCGAGCUGCAGCGCCUGCUGAAAGAGGCGGAUGCGUCUACCCGCGACCAAAUCCUUCUGGCGCUUCCUAAAGCGCUGGUAUCGCUUGCUUUGGACCAGUACGGAUGCUACGUAGUGCGCCGUGCAAUGGACAUGGACAAGCACAUUGCACGUCAUCUACAAGGCUCUUUUGUGCUCCUCGUGCUUUCUCCCUGCGGCACACUUGUCGUGCAACAUGCAGUCGCUUGCGAAGAAUCGAUGCAGCUUGCUGUCCUGGACGACUUGCUGCACGCGAAACUAUCCGACACACUCACGUGUUGCCACGCAAUCCCCGUGUGGAAAAAGCUCUUUGCGGUAGCAUGGACGGAUGAAGGCAGGCGCAAGUGCAUUGCAAAUACGAUCCAGCAAGCGCUUCACAACGAGUGGCUCAAAGUCGCCACCACCGAGCCCGGAAGCGUCGCGGUGCAGUCCAUGUUUGAGCACGGUAUUCUCGACGAAGGCAGCGCGGGAAUGCAGGCGCUCCUUUUGCACUUUGACUCGCUCGCCAUGGAUCAGUGGGGCGUGUGGAUCCUGCAGCAGUGGAUCGAGCACGGUAGCGUGACAUUGCGCGCUCAAAUUGCCAUGCAUAUUCUAUUCCACGUUUCCUCCAUUUCCCUGUCUGUGUACGGCUCCAAGGUUGUCCAGUGUGCACUGCGCCACUGCGCGACACCGUUUGUACUGCAGUAUGCCGAACGUUUGUACCGCGCAUCGCCGGAGCUGCAUGGCAAGCCUGCAAAACUGCUGCUCCUUGACCUAUCGCUGACUCCACAGGGUCUCCCGAUCCUUGCGCACGUACGUUGCGCCAACAUACUCACCACAGCUACUCACCGCCUCCAGUGA